AUGGAACCAGCUUCUCGACAAGACUCCCGGUCGUCGUCGGCAGAUCCGGACACCAUCUGCACUCUGUCGCCUCUCGAAUCGGUCACGAUCUCCUCGCUAUCCUCGGUUUUGUCUGAAGAGGACGACGCGAUGGAUAGUAUCGCCUCACCUUUGCCUGCAGUACCUUCUCUAUGGGUUGAGAAACAUCGGCUAUACUACUUUGAAGAAGCCAAUGUACAAAUUCUGGUAGGAAGGUCUGCUGCGUAUGUCACACCAGCGCUGACGCACGUCGUACUGAUCCACUAUGUCUUGUACAACGUCCCUCGCACUGUUCUCACUCUUCAUUCCCCGUGGUUUCGCGAGCGACUCGAACAGCCCGCACAGCCUCUUCCGCCGGGCUGGAUCGUACACACAUCAUCAUCCGGGGACGACAUCUAUAUCAAUCACCGGCUUGAAGUCGUACAGGCCCAACGCCCGGACGCAUCGCUGGUGGAGUCAUUUCCAGAGGCAUACUUCAUCUUCGACGUGUCAGCCUUCGAGUUCGACGCGCUACUGGCGAUACUCUUGCCUGGCAACUAUAACCAUCGUGCGCUCGACAAAGAGCAAUGGGUGGCAGUUCUGAAGCUCUCGACCCUUUGGCGCUUCUCAUCUGUGCGAUCGCUUGCUCUACGCUACUUGACCCCUUUGCUCGCCCAUGCGCCGUUGGAGCGGCUCGUCAUAGCACGAGCGUAUGGAGUGGACAGUUGGGUGGACAGUGCCAUCCAAGAUCUUCAGUUGCGCGAUACGCCGUUAUGUAGUGACGAGGUGGGGCAGUUGGCACGGGCGGACGUCGUGCUCAUCGCACGCGCGCGGGAGCGGCACGCCGAGCAGCGCGGCAAGCUGAGCUGCGUGGAGGACCUGCGCCGAUAUCCGUACUUCACCGAAGCGUUCAAGGCAAAGGACGUUACUGAUCAGGAAACAGCACGCCGACAAGCGAAAUACUGUGACUUUCAACCUGACCGGCAUACAGCCCUUUGCAUAAGUCCGUGA